GCUUGUCCUAUGGGAAUCCAAGCGGUCCCUCAGGAAUGAAACAAGACACGUACUAAAUUGUCUUGUUGUAACAUUAGAAAAUAGAAAUUCGCAACAUUAUUAAUUCGUACCGCAAACUUCGGCUCCCAUCUUCCUCCGUAUGCGACCCCUCAUUGGCGGGGUUCCUUUUGGGGUCGCGCGAGCAGCUGAGUUACCUGAUACCCGACUCCGACUCCGUCGACAGAGCGAGCGAGCGAGCGAGCGAGCGAGUGAGAAAGGUAGAGAGAAAGGGAGCUCUGAUGCCCGACUUCUCUCCAUUCCCCGGCUCUAAUCGUUCUCCGGCCAUGCGACCUCGGCCCCCCGCCAUCGUCCAAGAGGGAGCCCUAAUUCCUUGAUUCAUUCGGUUCGAGUCCCUGCAAUGCCCUCGGAGCUCCAUAGCGCCAGCACCAGGGACAUCGACCUCGGCGCCGCCUCCUUUGGCUGUGGCAAUCCCAAAGAUGGCAGCUUUUUGAGAUUUUAUCGCUCAAGGUUUUGAUUGAAGAAGAUGAGAAUGAUUUGGACAUUUCUUUAAUAUUUUGGACAAAACUGGGGGGUUUGUUUGAACGGGGGGAAUUGCUUUACUUCGUUUGCGCUUUUGAUUGGAGCCCUUGAGUCACUGAAGGCAGGUUAAAAUAGUGCCAAAGAGGAUGUCUCAUAGCUCUCCUUUUGAUGAAGAACAUACGGGAAUCAAUGAUGAGGGCAUGGAGUUUCCAGCUAUUGCAGAUGGACACUUUGUGUUUGAGAAGGAUAGUUUAAUUUAUAAUGAAGAAGAUCAAGUACGAGAUGAACUUGAGGCACAACUGGGAGAAGAAAGUCAAUCUGAUGUUAGUGCAACUGUGUUAUGGAAACAUGUCAUAAAAGGAAAGAAGUGUGGAAAUGCUCAUGGAGGUUCCCAUGUCUUCAAAUGCAAACAUUGCCAGAAGAUAUACCAUGGCACCUAUACACGUGUUUAUGCACAUUUAAUGGGGCAUAAAAAAGGUGAAAGCAAAGGAAUUGGCUAUUGUUCCAUUGUAAAGGCAGACAAAAAUCUACAAAUGCAAAUUAAGAGGGAAGUUGAGCAAGUUGAGAGCUCACCAAACAUUGUUCCACUGAAGAAGUCAAAGCUCAACACAAAUUCUGGUAUGACAUCACAGGGACCUUCUGUAGCCCUUUCCUAUGUGGGUCCAUUUGAGAAAGAUUAUUCGACUCAAGAUAGAGAUGAUGUUGAUUCUAAAGUAAUACGCUGUUUGUGUGCUAAUGGCAUCCCUUUAAGUGUGCUAAGGUCACCAUAUUGGGAAGAAAUGGUAUCAGCAAUUAGUAAAGAAUUGGGCUACAAAAGCCCAUCUUAUGAAAGAGCACAAACCGUCUUGUUGGAAAAUGAAAGGGACAGGGUUGAAAGGGAACUAGAGGAUUUCAAGCAGAAGUGGCCUCAAUAUGGAGUUUCAGUUGUUUCAAAUGGUUGGACUGAUGUUAAGAAUCAAUCCUUGAUAAACUUCUUGGCCUCAAAUCAAUUUGGCUCUAUAUUUCUACAUGCCCUUGACUUUUUACUGGUUGAGAAGUCCCAUAAAAGUAUUCAUGACUAUAUGCUUGAAGUGAUUGAAAAAGUGGGACCAUAUAAUGUUGUUCAGUUGAUCACAGAUAAUGCUACAGACUGUAGAGCUGCAAGUGAGGAAGUGGCAAAAACAUAUCCUUACAUAUUCUGGACUCCUUGCAUGGUUCACACACUCAAUUUGAUAUUGAAGGACUGUAUAAAUGCCCUCCCUUGGCUUAAGCAGACUUAUACAACUGCUAAAGGUAUAGUGAAAUAUAUCUUAUAUCAUUCCCAAACUGUUGAAAUUUUCCAAAGUUAUCCAAUGUUAGAAUUAUUGAAAGUUGCAGCCAGAGGGUGUGCAUCACACUAUAUCACUCUUCAUCUUCUACUUGAUGUAAGGGAAACUUUAAGGGCUGCUGUCAUAUCUGAUCAAUGGGAGAGAUGGGCUGGUUUUCCAAACCUAGAUGAGAAAGCAAAGCUUCCUGGAGACACUGUGAAGGCAGCAGUCCUGUCUGAUAACUUUUGGGAAGCAGUACAGUUGGCUCUUUCUAUAAUAAAACCAAUAUAUAAAAUGAUCAAAUUUACUGAUCAAGAUGGCCCCCUUAUUGGAGAGGUAUGUGAGAGAAUGGACAAUAUGUUGGGAGAAAUCAAAGACAAUUUGAGAGGAGAAGAGGACACCUUUAUGCUUGUCAGGGAAAAGGUCUUUUUAAGAUGGAACAAGGCAAGUGUUCCAUUGCAAUGCUUAGCUUGUGCCCUUACCCCAAAGUAUUAUGAUGAAGAAUACCUCCAAAUACCAUCCCCAGGGGGUAGGAAGAGGUGUCCUCCAGACCAAGAUGAUGAUACAUUUGAAGCUGCCAUGACUGCAAUAUUUAAAAUGCACCCAAAUGUUGAUCAAGCAGAUACUGUUCGUGUGCAGUUCUUGUCUUUUGUGGAAAAGAAGGGAAAAUUCUCCUCUGCAACAGCUAAAAGAGAUGCAAGAAAUCCAAAAAUCAAUGUUUUGCAGUGGUGGAAGUUUCAUGGAGGGGAUACAAAGGAGUUGAGAGAUAUGGCAUUUAGAGUGCUUGCACAAUCAAUUAGCACUUCAUCUAUUGAGAGACCAUGGAGCACCUAUAGCUAUAUCUACAAUGCAAAGCACAAUAGGCUAAAUCCAAGUCGCGCUGAUGACCUGAUGUAUAUACAUUCCAAUUUAAGAUUACUAUCCCGGUUUAAUUCAAAUUAUAAGUAUGGUCCGCAUAGAAAAUGGGAUAUAAAUCCGGAGCUUCCUCUUAUGGAUGAAUCUGCUUUACAGUGGGAGGAUUUGUGCUUCAUAGGCCUUGAUGAUGAGGACUCAUUGUUGAAACAUGCUGCUCACUCUAGUAAUCCUAUACAAGAGCUUUUAAGGAUCAUUGAAGAUGCUCCUUCAAGCAGCGAUCAAUGUGGUGAACAAAAUCUGAUCAUUAGCUCCAUGCAUGCAAGUGGAGGGCGAGGAGGGAGAGGAGGCCGAGCUGGUGCUAGUGGUAGGCUUGAUCCAAAGGGGAAGACAAAGAAAUUCUUCUAUAUGUUUGGACUUUCACCAAAAAGUCAUAUGGACCUUGGAAAUGAGGUAACAUUUCUACUCCUGAGUCAUGAAGUGGCCUUUGUUACACCUUCAGCAAAUAACGAACAAACAUCUGGAACAUGGCAUUUCUUGCAAUGGAAGCAGGUUAUGUUAUCAGCAGUGGAUGAUUCGAUUUCAACUCGUAUGCCUCAAUCACUGUUUCUGUUUAAAAAAAUGCCAGCUGUUUUCUUCUGCCAUUUCUUAAAUCAUUUUUAAUUCCGAUUUUUUGUUUCAGAAAUGGCUUUUGAAGUAAUUUGACAGCUCCGCAUGUGGGGAUUCAUGGAUCAGAAUAUUUUUGGUUCUCUGGUAUUUGUUAAUUAUCUGCUGUUCUUUUCUUUGUAGUUUUGGCUUGAAGGCUUCUAUGCUACAGAACAAGCCCUUUAAAGAUACUUCUUUGGGUAGACUUCUUCUUUUCUUCAUCUAAAUAGAUUCGAAGAUUUCUAUGUUGAUAAGUGGUAGAUUUAGGAGGGAAGGAAUAAAAAGACUCUCUUGCAUGUAAAGAGCUUCUGAUACUUAACAGAAAGGAGUCAUGGGCAUAAGAGGCAUGGAAUAUGAGAAGCACUCUCAAUGUGUUGAUACGGGACAACAUUAGGGCAGUGAAUCUGCUUUUAGGUGAUUCAGUGGUUUGUGUGCUUCAGAUGAAAUAGAGCUGGUAGGUUAUUUUAGGUGUUCUUUUAAUCUUAGAAAAGGAGAUAUAAACUUCAGAUUCUCUGGAAGUAAAUUCAUGUGGAAUGUUGCAAUUCACAUGUUUCAAAAUUGUGAAGUAUGAGUACAAACAUCAACUUUAAAGACAACAAAACUAGUAUUUGACAUGUGGAAUGCAAGUGAAGAUGGAGAGAGUUUGACUGUUCUACAGAGGGGUAUGUAAGGCAAUUUUUAUUUUAAAUAAAGUUAUGACAUGCCAACUGCAAUGCAUGGUUAGACUCA